UUGGUGCAUUGACACUUGUUUGAAAGUAUGAUAUAAGUGUCGUGUGAAGUAUGUGAUAGGUAUUUAACGUUUUUGUUUCACAGUUGUUAAUUGUUACAGUUAUAACAAGAAUUGAUUGUAUACAAAAAUAGCGCCAUGGCUAGUAUAAGGACUGCUGAUAAACGAAAUGUUGGUACUGUGGGGUUGCUGUAUUCCUAUUAGUGUUCUAAUUAAUCAUGUCGGGACACGCUGUUGUUGUGUGGGAAUGGGAAAAUAGACACGGACGUUGGCGACCGUAUAGCCCAGAGGUUUCACAGCAUCUUGAAAGAGCUAACUGCAAGAAACUGACAAGGGUCUUCCUGAGUGACGCCGACCCAUCGUUAGAGAAGUACUACAUAGAUCUGAAAACGAAAACCCAGUGUUCCGAAGAUGCAGGUGUUCCCCACAAUGUUAGGAGGAAAUGUUAUUCCCUGGAUUCACCUGCAGCAAAAGGAGCAAAGUGGGAAUGGGCUGGUGACAGCCCGGGAGACUGGCAUACUUACGAUAUGGAUAUCCAGUGCCUUAUAGAAACAGCAUGGGCAAGGGGAGACCAGACGACUGACAUCAGCAAGACCCAUGGUGGUUUUCCCUACAUUAUUAAUUUUUGUAACCUGACCCAAGUACGGAAUAACACUGGUUAUGUGCGUAAUAUCAGAAGAGUUCAACAAGCUCCUUAUCCAUUGGUGAAAGUACAGCCAGAAGAGAUUGGUAGUGUGGCAGGAAGGAAGGUCAGUAACAACACCAGCAGCAAUAAAGUUGUUACCCAGAAAACAACAGCAGGGCUGUCAAAGGAUAAUGUUGGCACAAGUAAAAAACAGACAUUUUCUGGGAUUAAAAAGAAUGUGAAGAAAGGGAAAACGUCUAAUGAAGGUGCUGGUAACAUUGCACGUAUCUUGAAUAACUUGAAUAUAUUUGGUAAUAAAGCAAGUAACAACUCUCUUCCACUUCCACCUACAGUGACUGUCACAAAUUCCACUAAGGCAGUUCCUGUUCGUGGAAGCAGUGGUAGUGAAUCAGUAUUAGAUGCAGAUUCCAGCAGCACAAAAAGUGGGCGACGUCCUAGUGUUGACACAGUCUCCACCUAUCUUAGCCAUGAGUCAAAGGAUGGGGAGCUUAGAGUUUCACAGAGGGAUUUGUUGGAUUGCAGUGCUGGAAGUGAGGAUGUAUUUGAAAGUGGACAUAAAACUAAUGUUGCUUAUAAACAGAAGAAAUAUCCUACAGAGAGUGGCACAAUAAUCGGUGUUGACCCAGCAAGCAAUGUUAUAUCCCAGUACGUCCGAGUAGUAGAAGACGGUUGUUGGACUGAUGCUCGGUGUCCCAUUUGCUUGAUAGGACUGGUGGACUCGGGUAGUGUGGUUGUGGCAUUGACAAGAUGCUGCCAUCAACUUCAUCUGGAUUGUCUCAACUCUAUGCUCACCAGGCAGAUACCGGGAGGGAAGAAUCUCUUCAUCCAGUGUCCUGUAUGUAUGACAAUAUAUGGUGAGAAAUUUGGAAACCAACCAGAAGGCAGCAUGGACUGGACAGUUUUGAAUUAUUCUCUGCCUGGACAUCAAGGAGUUAGAACUAUACAGAUAACAUAUAAUAUAGCUUCUGGAAUCCAGGGCCCAGAGCAUCCAAACCCAGGACGACCAUACUAUGCUGUUGGAUUUCCAAGAAUAUGCUAUCUUCCUGAUUGCGAGAAAGGGAGGAAAGUGCUGAAACUGUUGUCAGUUGCAUUUGAACGGAGACUUAUAUUUACAAUAGGGCGAUCAGUUACUACUGGCAGGGAAGAUGUGGUAACGUGGAAUGAGAUACAUCAUAAGACUGAGCCAGGAUUAUCAAAUAUGGGACAUGGUUAUCCAGAUCCAGGGUAUCUGGACAACUGUUUAAGAGAACUGGCUGCUCAUGGAGUUACAGAUGAGAGUUUGUAUCAAGAACUGUAAAAUGUUCCUGUAAUGUGUUCUCUGUCUGAUGUAAAUAUAACAGUGCAUUGUGUGCUCUGUGAUCAUUUUUUCAAAAACUCGUCUCAUUUAAAAUUUUAUGCAAAUAUCUUAAGUGCCAAAUUGCAAGUUAAUAUGUAUAAUACAUUGGACAUUGAGUAAAAGAUUUUUAUGUAUGUAAAAUCAUUUCAUUUAAUGAAAUGAGAAAUACUGUUUCCUUGUAAAUUCUCCAAGUUGUGGUAGUAGCUCUGUCUCACAAUUUUUGAAGCAUUGUUUAAUGGAGUAUGCUCUUUAAAAAAAUCCACGUUUUGUUUGUAGAAGUAAUGUGCUUAUUGUGUUUUUGAAACAAAGUUAAGUAUUUGUCAUACCGUAUAAUAUUUUCUGUGGCUCUAAAAGCUGCCGAUAGCUUCAACAGAUGGUUAUAAGAUCUUUCAUAAUUCUGAAGUAUAUGUGGAUGUAUCUUAAGACUUUCAUAGAACAUGGAACUGAGAUUAAGACAGUACUAUAGAAGAAGUGUGCAAUAUGAAGUAGAAACAAAAUAAAAAAAUACUUAUUUAAAAGUUAAUGGAGAAGCUGCAGAAAGGUUGAACAGUGUUUAUUUGGCAGAUAAGGACUUCUCUUAAUUAGAUUCCUGAAAACUUACAUAGGGUCUGUGAAGCACAUCUCUCUGUCUGUAUAACAAGUAAACUGCCAGAACAAUUUUUGGAUGAUGCUUUUAAUUGUCUAUACAGUAAGAUUCUUAAGAGUUUUGUAUGAGUGUCAAAAGACAUAUUGUAAUAAUUUUCUUCAGUAGCUAUGAAGUCCCUGACUAUCAUGUAUGUUACCAAAAGUUUGGCUUGUGAAUAGUGCUUCGAAAUAUGACUAAGAGUAACAGUUGUGAUUGAGAAAAUGAAUAAAAUACUGGUGUAGAGGUUCUCAAGUUAACUAGCUCUCAGUAUUGUAGGAUGUUGUUCCAUUUAGUAAGUGAAGUAAGUAGGCACAUUGUUUGGUCAAAUAUUGGCCUAAGUCAUAUACAUUUUAAGCACAAAGCAAAAAUAUAUUUGUGUGCCGGUUUCUUACCACUUGACCUUAUAUUAUCUUGUGGUACACUAAUCUUGAAACCAGUAUUGUUUACUAUUUUUCUGCAAGUCAUAAAAUAGGUUAUUUACAAAAAUAUUUUAAAUGGUUUAAUUCCAUUUCAAAUCAGACCCCUCUUCUGAGUAGUAGGCUACUGUUCAGACAGCCAAUGGUUAAUUAGAAACAAAUUAAAGUUGAUUACAGUUAUGUCUUUUAUGUAACUCUCAGCACAGUGUGAAUACUUUUCAGUUAAACCUUCUCAUCAUUACACUGCUUUAGUGCUUUGGUCAGAUUUAAAAUUACAGGUUCAUCAGUGCUGCAACUGUCACUCUGUUCAAACUUAAUUCAUGGCACCUGUAUGAAAAGAAAUGAAAAAAAAAGUGUCUAUCGGAAGUUCUCAAACCUUGAAGCGUGUUGUCUUUAGUUUCAUCACAAGUAGUAUUAAUGCAGUUCAAAUUAUUCUGUGGCAGCUGUCUGUGUAUGUACAUUGUUUGUAUUUUGUGUUGUACAGUAUUAUGGGAUAUAGUUUCCUUUUGUAAUAUUCAUUUCCAUAAAUGAUAAUGUUCAAAUUAGAUAUCUGAAGGAUCAGAUUAUAAGAAUGACACAUUUUUUAGAAAAAAUCUUAAUCUUUAAAUAUUUACUGCUCUCAUGAUAUGAAAGUAUUAGUGUUACAAAAAAAGACAAAGAAAAUAACCAUUCAUCUCUGAAAUAGAUAUUGAAUCUGAUUUACAGCUUAUCCUCCCUUGCAACUAUCCUGUUGUAACAAAUUAAAUAUAAUGAACAAAAAACUAAAAAUAUUAGUGUGAAACAUGUAGCAUACAGUUUCAGUUUCCCCCCCUUGUAUCUGUGAUAUUUAUGCAGGUAAUUAAACUACUGUGCUGAUCAUUCAAAUAAGUUUAUAUAAGUGUUUUGUGGCCUUUAUAUUGCAAUGAAUAAUAGUAUUAUGCCUGCAGACUACCUCAUUAAUCCUUUGUAAGCAUUUUAACUAGUUCAUAUUACUUGUGUAAUAUAUUGUGUGUGUGUCUGCAUUAAAAACAAACAUGUAUCCUGUGAAGGUGUGUGUGUGUGUGUGUGUGUGUGUGUGUGAGAGAGAGAGAGAGAGAGAGAGAGAGAGAGAGAGAGAGAGAGAGUGUGCAUGUAUGUGUGCUUGCACUUUUUUUUUUUUAAUAAGAUUCUAUGUAUCAGUGUAUUACUAUAUAUUUACCUAAGUUUUCUGUGACAUUUAUGGUUGCAGAAUGAGAUUAAUGGAGAAUUGCCAUAUAUUUUGAGAUGUACAAAUUUUAUUGUGAAAUAGAAAACAAAAUUAGAUACAAAAAUUUACACUAAA